AUGCCGUCGCCAGGUUCGCUGCAAGUGCUGGCCGGGCCGCUCGAGGUCAAGAUCAAGGCGGGGGCGUUCUCCACCUGGUCCGACAGCUUCGUGCGGCUCGAAGGCCGCUGGAUCUGCGUCUACAAGCGCGAGCGCGACUCCACGCGCCAAGGAGCGGUCGAGCUGGGGCUGGGCGUGAACGUCACGGACCUCUCGAAUCCAGAGGCGUCGGCCAAGUUCCCAAGGCGAUUCGACUUGACCUGCAGCGGUGGCCUCCUCCCCAAGACGGAGGUCAACUUCCGCACCAAGUCUCGGAAGGACCGGGACCUCUGGGUGCAGGCCAUCGCCAGCAACGUGCAAUGUCUGACGAGUCCGCGCGGUCUGGACCCUCGCUUCGGGGUGCGGGAGCUCGCCCCCGUGGCCAACAAGAUGAAGCACGACUUGAUGCUGCACCCGAUCCGCAUCCGCUCCGACCUGACAGUGCGUUGCGCCACGGGCGAAGCGAUCGUGACGUUCCUCGUGAACCAGGGCCUCGUCCCGGAUCGAGUCUCGGGCGCUGCAUUCUGUCGCCAAUUGGUGGCCAUGAACUUGCUGCACCACGUCAUGUGGGACCGCGACUUCACCGACUCGCCCGAGCCUUUCGUGAUCGUCGCACUAGGCGAUAGCGAUGUCGACGGGUUGAUGGACAUGGAGGACGACUAUUACGUCGCCCACUUCACGAAAUACAUGGAUUCGCGCAAGUUCUGGCGAUACAUCGCAAGCCCCGACGCCGUGGACGGGAGCUCCAUCACUUCGGCCAGCAAUGUGUCGAACGGUAGUCGCCGUGCAGUGGAUCGAUCCACGAGUUCGUCGGACAGUGGACGAGCGAUUGGACUCAUUCCCGGCUCGGAUGAUGAGGGUUCUCGGUUCUCCAUGCUUAGUUCGAGCAACAGCCACGGCAACCUCCUCCCGCCCAAGGCGGACCGCACAGUGGAGAAGAAGGCCAGGAAGUGUGCGGUGUGCACCAAGUCGUUCAACCCGCUGCGUCGCCGCCACCACUGCCGCCAGUGUCGCGCUGUUAUCUGCAGUAGCUGCAGUGUACUCCGACGCUCGAACAGUACUGCAAGUGAAGCUGAGGGUGAAGACGCAACGUCGUCUUCGCGCGUCUGCAUCAGCUGCAAGCUCAGCUCCAACGAGACUUUCAUCAGUGAAGCGGACGAUCUGGCGAGCGGAAUGGUGCAGCUCCAGACGCCCGAGAGCACGAGUGAGAGGCAGACGUGCGCGUCGUCGAUAAGUGAUGGAAUGGGCAACAGCAUACGCACCAGGUCGAAUGGUAUUCUACCGAGCCAAGACGCGUCCGACGCGUUGUUUUGUAUGCACUGUCAGAACGAGAACUGCGCGCCGCUGACGGACUUCGCGCAGAUCUCGUACCCUGCCGACCGCACCAAGGUGGACGGAUUCGUCAAGGCCAAAGUGCUGGACAACGAGACUGAGCGACUCCAAACCGUCGACAAGCUUCUGGUCACGAUGGCGGCCACGCCCAGCGCUACGCGAGUGCUCAAGCAGUUCUGCAACAUGGCAGCGAUCGCUUCGCAGUGCUCGUUCGCCGUUGUCGGCCUGCUAGACCGUGACAACUACGUCUUGGGCGCUCAGUACGGAGUGAGUCUUGGGGCUGCGGUGGCGAGGAAGAAGUCUCUGGCUGCUCACACUUGCCGUAAUGGCACGUCGCUCGUCUGCGCGGACAUGACGCGAGACGUCCGAUUCCAGGGCAACGCGUGGCGACAGGAGAGUCUCAAGAACGCGGCGUUCUACGCCGGCAUCCCGUUGGUGCUCUCCAAUGGCCACGCCGUCGGCGCGCUGGAAGUCUUCGACGCUCAACCGCGCUUCGAGUGCGGCGAGGUCAUCGGUCAACUGCAGACUGUGCUUCGAGGCCUGCUCAACCUGUUCGAGGAGAUCAUGACGGCCGCUGCAGAGGCUCAAGCUGCAGCUGAGAAGCAGGCCCAAGAAGAAGCGGCCAAGAAGCAGAACAAGGUCGACGCGCCUGCUGUGAACCCCAUGGAGGCGCAGCUACUUCAGCUGCUCUCGCAGACCACCACCACGCAGGAACAACUCCGCACUCAGCAGGGCCAAAUGGUCAGCGCCAUCAGCAGCCACUCCAAACAGAUUGACAACUUGGCCAAGCAACUCGAGCGGAUAGAAGCAACGCUGGCUGCCAAGCUCGGCAGCGAAGGCCCAGCGGAGUAG